AAGGUCCUCCUUUUAAAACUCUGUUCUUCCCUGCUCUGCUCCAUAUCUCAUUUUAUCUAUUCUACGCUUCGGCUUCUUGAUGUAUGCUCUGUUCUCGACUGGUUGAAUGAUGAAAUCAGUUUGUGUUCAUGGUAAGGGGAGGGGGAUGAUGACGAGCAAUUGACAAGCAAGUGGAGUUCGUGGGAAGAGGAAGCAGAUCGGGCUGGAUUUCUGGUGUCGAUGAAGAGAGCAGAGGGAAAUAGUGACUCAAGCAAGAGCCUGCCAUCGCGGUGGAAGCGGCGUCAAACAGGGGACUUACAGCGGCGGCGCGUGCUGCGCAUCUUCUCCGCCGACCACGACGCGACUGAUUCUUCCGGCGACGAGGGCGGGUGUCGCCGCCUCCGGCGUUUCGUCCAGGAAGUAAGGAUGGAAGACAGUGGGUGUGCGGCGGAGGGUAGGAAGCGCAAGGCUGAGAAGGGAGGCGGAGGCGCCGCCACGGAAAAGAAGCGGAGGGUUACAGCCGAGGCGGGCAGCGGCGGCGGCAAAGAAGGGGGCGAGCGGAAGUUCCGCGGCGUCCGGAAACGGCCGUGGGGCAAGUAUGCGGCGGAGAUCAGGGAUCCGCAGAAACGGACGCGGCUCUGGCUGGGAACCUUCGACACUGCUGAGGAGGCGGCGAUGAUGUACGACGCCGUCGCCAUCAAACUACGAGGUCCGAAUGCGAUACUCAACUUCCCCAACCUCGCACCCCAGACGAACCUCUCGGAGACCAACCUCACCUCCACAUCCGGCAGGUACGACUCCGGGGAGGAAUCGCGCGACAUCAACUCCCCGACCUCGGUACUACGCAGCUUCUCCUCCUCCUCCUUCUCCUCCUCUUCCUCCUCCUCCUCAACCAAGGUAGAAGAGAAGCACAAACCUCAGACGACGGAACUUGCCGCCAGCCCGCCGCCAUUGGAGCUCUGCGGCUUCCUCCCCUUCAAAGAAGAGGACGCAAUCUUCGACGGCCUUCUUCAGUUCGACACGCCGGAGCCGCUCGGCUUCCUCGACGAAGAGGCGGUCGCUCCCAUCGGCUUCCUGGAGGAGGACUUGAGCGACGCCGUUCUCGGAUCACCGCUCGGUGACUUCGGCCAGCUAUCCAUACGCGAAGAGGAGGCGGCGGCGGCCGACGACCUUUUCGCCGACAUCGGCGACUUGUUCGCGAUCUAAUCCCUCUCCGCCAUCUAACUCGAACACCAAUCCGCUUCGUUUCCAUAGUUCGUCCUUCUAAUUCGGUGCUUUUAUUUGUUUGGUCACCAGAGAAUGUCUCCGUCCGCCUCCCAACGACCGGCGAACGGAGCAAAUUC